AUGGUGAUCUGGAAUUCCGAUGCCGAUGCCAAGCUCUUCCUUGGUGUCCUCAACCAGCUCAAAGAUGCCAAAUUGAACAUCGACUACGCCAAACUUGCUGAAUUCAUGGGCCCAGACUGUCUCGUCGGCGCCGUCAAGAACCGCAUCGUACGCCUUAGGAAGCAGGCCGAAGAGUCCUCUUCCCCCGGCGCUGCCAGUGAAGGUGAUGGUUCUCCUGCUCCUGUGCUUGCUGGUACACCUUUGAAGCGCAAACCCGGUUGUCCCGCUGGUGCUUCGUCGAAGAAGCAGAAGAAUGUCGACACCGAGGAGGAUGUUGACUCGAAUGAUGUAGCUGGGUUUGUGAAGAAGGAAGAGGGCAAGGAUACCAAGGCUGGAAUCAAGGAGGAGUGUGAAGAUGAGAUCUAG